AUGGACGUGCCAGACGACCGGUUCUUUGGCGCACAGACUCCGGACCGCUCCGAGAACAACAGCCCGCGCUCCCACAUGAGCAGCCCGAACUCGACCUCCUCGAUAAACGUGACGGACCAGCUCUCCAUAAGCCAACAUCAGCAGAACUUGGAGACCCUUAACCGUAUGGGGAUGUUCUUUCAUCAGCAGAUGCAUUUAAAUCAGAGUUUCGACGCAGUGAAAUCUCGACUGGGCUUGACGCAAGUCAGUCAGGGACCUCGACAUACCAUAGACGCUAUACUGGGACUCAACGGCGGUAGACGAGUGCAAAGUGAGUUUGACCAUCGACGGGAAGAACGGGAUCGAGAGUGCGAGCCCGUGCCCGUUUCCCCCGGAGCUGUGGAGAGUGCUGGCGAGGGGUCGUGCAACAGUAACGACGGGUACCAGGCUCCCGAGGACAAGUCUGAAGAUGAGGAGCCUCCGCGGCCAGGAUCUGCUGACAAGAAGAAGCACCGCCGCAACCGCACCACCUUCACCACCUAUCAGCUGCAUGAGCUGGAGCGCGCCUUCGAGAAGAGCCAUUACCCAGACGUGUACUCACGUGAGGAGCUCGCCAUGAAGGUGAACCUGCCCGAGGUGCGCGUACAGGUGUGGUUCCAAAACCGUCGCGCAAAAUGGCGUCGUCAGGAGAAGAUGGAAGCGGCGCGGCUGGGUCUGUCAGAGUACGGCUGCGCGCCCGUGCCGCGUCUGGCUGGUCUGGGUCUCCCUGUCGACCCCUGGCUUGCGCCCCCUCUGCUCACAGCGCUGCCGGGUUUCCUGAGCCACCCACCUUCAGGCUACCCCAGCUACCUCACCCCCCCGGCGCCCGCGGCCCCCGCACCCCCUGCGGCCCCUGACCCGCGCUCCUCAUCUAUCGCUGCGCUGAGGAUGAAAGCCAAGGAACACGUCGAGAGCUUGAGCAAAGGAUUACAAAUGGUUUAA